AGUGCCACCUGUCAGUGUCCAUCAGUGCCAGCUGUCAGUGCCCAUCAAUGCCUCAUCAAUGCCACCUGUCAGUGCCAGUCAGUUCUACCUAUCAAUGCCAGUCCGUGCCACCUAUCAGUGCUGCCCAUCAGUGCCAGUCAGUGCCACCUAUCAGUGCCAGUCAGUGCUGCCUAUCAGUGUCUGUCAGUGCUGCCUAUCAGUGCCACCUAACAGUGUCAGUCAGUGCCACCUAACAGUGCAAGUCAGUGACGCCUAUCAGUGCCACCUAUCAGUGACGCCUAUCAGUGCCAUAUAUGAGUGCUGCCUUUCAGUGCCCAUCAGUAAUGCCUGUCAAUGCCCAUCAGUGCCACCUACCAGUGUCUCCUCAUCAGUGCCACCUAUCAGUGUCCAUCAGUGCAGCCUAUCA